CCCCGCACUCCACCUCCACCGUGGCCCAUGGGUGAAUAAACAAGCAGUCCAACACUCCUUCGUCCCCGGUUACUCCAGCAAGCGCGCCUCGCCAUGUUCAUCCAUAUAUACCCAGCCUUCCGCUCACACGGUCACACCCCUUUUCUUCAGUUGGUUCUUCCUCACACCGAGAGCAGCUGCGCACGGCGAAGCUACUGCUAGCUCAAGCUCAGUAGCGGCCUUGCUAGAAAAAAACACUUCUACACCCAGCCAAGUAUACCAUGGCGGCGUCCGUGGCCUGCGCCUUCUUCUUCGACGCCGAGCCGGUCGGCGAGCCGGGCCGGCACGCCCUGGACGCGUGCGCGCUCUGCGCCAAGCCGCUCGCGCGCGACAGGGACGUCUUCAUGUACAGAGGGGACACCCCCUUCUGCAGCGAGGACUGCCGCCACGAGCAGAUGCGCCUCGACGACGUCCGCGACAGGCACGCAGCCCGGAGGCAGCAGCGGUACUCAUCUGGAACGGCGGAGUCCCGUCGCGGGCAGCGAGAGGUCAGGAAGGUGUCGAUGUCGAUUGCGAGCUAGCUAGCGGCCGGCCGGAGCCCGUGGCCGACAAAAGUAUAUGGUUUGAAGCUGUAUUCUGAAGAACCGGCGAUUUGGGGAGGCAUAUGAUGUCUCCGGUGCUCUUGCGUAGCCCGGCCUCGGCGCAGCCUAGCUAGUUGCUCGUAGCUUUCUCAAGAUGCGUCCAUGGCGAGCUGAUUAAGCUGCGCGGAUGGGUCCGUCUGUGGUUGUGCCCAUCAAUUGUUUUGGUUGGAAACGAAAUAGAAGAAAACCGUAGAUAUGAAGAAAUCAAUCAAACGGGGUUCUGUGUGCUUUACCUUCUGUUUGGGCCACUCAAACAAGAAAUCAAUCUCUUAUUAAUUUAUUGGUUUCCCUUGUAAUUGCAUCCUACAUGGUUCGUGUACGAGAGAAUAAAUCCACACACUAUGCAA